CCUGACGUAAGUUGUUGUUGUUGUUCAAGGCGUUCAGUCGAUCUUGGGAAUUUCCAUUCGAUGAUCGUGUCAGCAUGAAGUAGGUCCAUGGUGUCAGCUUGCCAGGUGAGAAGAAUCCAAUAGAUGACAAAAUGGCUCUCGAUCUAUACUCUUCGAUUGUGGUUGGAUGCCUUGUGUUUAUCUGGAUUGUCUUGGGGUUACUGUUCAAGAAAGAGUACUGGCCUCGUAAAAUAAUAGGGAUUCCGGAGAUGAUAAUUCCAAAAGGAGAGGUUUUAUCAGAGGUUUUAUCAGAGGUUUUGGGUAGUACCCAGGUUUUUCCUUCAUCCCCCUUCAUCAUUCCUGCCAAUGGCUCACAUGUGACCAUAACUCUCAGCCCGCCAUUACAUGAAGCCGACACUUCCAAUGCAGGGUCUCAAGGGAAUAAUAAUGGAGCGACAGAAGGAGAAGGAUCUUCCAGCAGUGGAAGCACGGAUGGAUCUCAUUCAGACAUGAGUAGCUUCAAUAGCCUUCAUUCAAAUGACAAAGCUCAAAGAAGGACGACUGCGAAUGACCAAUCUGAGGGUCAGAGAAGCAAUGAAGGACCGAAUGCUGCUAUGAGUGGGUAUCGCAGCCUGCAUUCCAAUGACCAGCCUCACAAAAGGACUGCGAAUGACCAAUCUGUGGUUCAGAGAAGCAAUGAAGGAUCAAAUGCUGCUAUGAGUGGGUAUCGCAGCCUUCAUUCCAAUGACCAGCCUCACAACAGGACUGCGAAUGACCAAUCUGUGGUUCAGAGAAGCAAUGAAGGAUCAAAUGCUGCUAUGAGUGGGUAUCGCAGCCUUCAUUCCAAUGACCAGCCUCAAAAAAGGACUGCGAAUGACCAACCUGUGGGUCAGAGAAGCAAUGAAGGAUCUAAUGCUGCUAUGAGUGGGUAUCGCAGCCUGCAUUCCAAUGACCAGCCUCAAAAAAGGACUGCGAAUGACCAAUCUGUGGUUCAGAGAAGCAAUGAAGGAUCAAAUGCUGCUAUGAGUGGGUAUCGCAGCCUUCAUUCCAAUGACCAGCCUCACAACAGGACUGCGAAUGACCAACCUGUGGGUCAAAGAAGCAAUGAAGGAUCUAAUGCUGCUAUAAGUGGGUAUCGCAGCCUGCAUUCCAAUGACCAGCCUCAAAAAAGGACUGCGAAUGACCAACCUGUGGUUCAGAGAAGCAAUGAAGGAUCAAAUGCUGCUAUGAGUGGGUAUCGCAGCCUUCAUUCCAAUGACCAGCCUCACAACAGGUCUCAAGUCCUACAUGUAGGUCAACCUCUAUCCAAGGUUGGAGGCAGUUCUGAGAUCAGUAGCUGGCAUAGCCUUCGUUCUACAGAGAGCCCUCUGAGACGGCCUCUACAAGAUGAUGUAGAUGUAUCUCCAAGUCUGCCAGCACUACUUCACUCGAUAUCGGAGACGGAUCAUUCAGAAGACAUCACUAAACGCAAAAGAAAGAAGAUGCACACUGUAUAAUGCAACCAUCCAAGUGGCCAGUACUUCACCUGGGUCAAGAGUGCCAAAUUUAAAUGAAUGCCUUGCCAUGGGAGAAAAGUUAUUAGUCUCUGUCGGGGAUAAGAUAGAGCAAUGGAGUAUGUUGUAUUUCAGUGACAUUUAUGGGACUAAUGCAAUCGGUUCUCAUUUUAGGACUGUAUGUUAAGUUUAAAAUUUGUUAUUUGAUUGAGAGUCUUCAAUGUGGAAGAUAUAUAAGAUAUUCAUUUUAAAUGGGUUUCUGUUUUUGUUUUCUGCUGCUAAAGUUGUAAAUACUUGAUUUGAAUGUACUGGUAUGCCAAAAACAUGUGUGUAUUUGAUUAAGUAUGGACAAAAAGUUACUUGAAUGCCACACUAUAUGGACAUUUAAAAAAAGAGGUUUCAGGUCAUAUAAUACUUCAAAACUGCCUCAAAUAACUUCCAAAGUAGAGAAUGUAUAUUUAAAUUGGUUUUCUGUUGCUGUAGAUAUAAAUACAUGUACUUGCAUUUAAAUUAUGUCAUAAACAUGAACGUCUUUGAUUAGGUUCGGACAAAAAGUUACUUAAAUGCUGAUAUGGACAUGUAAAAAAAAGGGUUUCAGGUCAGAUAAUACUACAAACUACCUCAAAGAGCAAAAUAACACCAUAUUAGGGUUUUAGGAAUAUACAUUUUACACCAAGAGGCAACUAGAUCAAAGUAAGAGGGUAUGUUCAUAUUUGUGAUUUUUUAUUUUUAUAAACAAAGCUAUUUUUUUUUGUUACAGAGUGUAGAAUGUAUAUUUUGGUUAGGAAGAUAGAUAUAUGUAACUAGAUAAGGUAAGACUUAUUUGUACAUUGGCAUACAGUUUUCAGUAUUGUAUAUUGUGUAUGAUAAUAUAUAGACAAAGAAUAAAAUGUAACUGAAAGCGUAAUUCAAGUAAUUUUUGUUAAUAAGAAACGGCAUACCAUACCUAUUUUCAUCCUUCUUGUCAACAUACUUAUGGAAAGGUAUAUUGUUAGAAUCUGUAUUAUUGUUGAGCUCAUUUUUGGACCAUUGUGCUAUAGAAUUGCAUAAGGAUAAAAGCAAAGCUUUAUUAUUUAGAAGUGUAAUCAUAAGUAAAUUGAAAUUACUAUCAUUAUUCAAACAAUAUAUCAAUUCAAAGGUAAAUGGUCAGUGAUGAAUUUAUGGAAAUCUAUUGGAAGAUGUAAUUAGCCAGUAUAUAUUAUAUGUCGAACCAAAGUCCUUUUUUUAAUAUCUUGUUUUGCAAAGUACUUGUAGUGGUGGAGUAUUAGUUGUUGCAUUAUACAUGUAACUUAAACUGCUACCAGUUCAAAAUGCUUGAGUCGCAGAUUGUGUGCAAUGAUUAUUCAUGUAUGGUUGAAUUGGACUCUAUUAUUACGAGUUCCUUUUAAAAUGGUACUAUGUUUUAUAAUCUAUUUUUUAUUAUUACCUACAUAACUUGGUAAAAACGUAAUAAAUGUCUUUAUACAUGUAUGCUAAGCUAUUAUGUUAUUUUCUUUGUAUAUAUGCAUAUCAUACAUAUAUCCAAGUAGUGAUCGAGUUUUAGUUAUUGAAGUACUGCUCAUGAUGGACCCUAAAACUGCUUGCUGUUUUAAAUUGUGUACAAUUAAUAUAGUCAGAAUUUUUGUUGGUCAACAAGUAAUAAUAUACACAUUUUUGAUGGUCAAUGCUCUAUUUAUCUUAGAUGUUUUUAUUUUGACUUACUGUUUGAAAAGGUUACUUGGCUGAAAGAUAAUGAAUUUUGAAAUCAGUUUCAUUAUAUAUUUUAAUGCACAAACUUUCAUUCACAUAUAACCUGCCUUUACACAAGUACAUAUUGAUAUUUGAACAUGUAUUUGAAAUGAAUAUAGACCUCCGAUCAAGAGCAAUACUGAACAGAAUUGGCUUUAUAACCAGUAAUAUUAGAAUCAACACAAUUUUGUUGUUGUUUCAAAUGCAAUAAUUUCAAUAGUCAUAAUCAUCUUCUUCCUCUUAUUUCAGAAUGAAAUUGAAGGUUUUUAUAUUUGUAAGAUCUCAUGAGCUCUUUUUCUACUGAAAAUUCAAACCCGAUGCUGGGUUUAAUAGGUAUUUGUCAAAAUCGAGACUUUUUUUAAC